GAUCUUCAGUAUGUUACCGAUCCAAACUACAGCCUGCAAACGAAAGUUCUGUUCACCGCCGCCAUGUUGUUUUCUUUUCUGGUCUCAAUUACCGGGAACUUUCUUGUGAUCUACGUGAUAAUGACAAACCGCGUCAUGAGAACAUCAACGAAUUGUCUCAUAAUGAAUUUGGCUUUUUGCGAUUUUCUUAUCUCAUUGCUCCAAACCCCUCACCUUAUCAAGCAACUUUAUAUUGGAAAGAUAUGGUUCGGAGGAGCUGCGGGGAAAGUAUUAUGUAAAUCUUACACUUUUGGUGGAUCUGUUUUACUCAAUAGCUCAGUUUAUAGCCUGGUUGCCAUAGCAAUUGAUCGCUUCCUUGCAGUCACACGACCGCUGACCCAUAAGACGACAUCCAAAUUGGUGCUUAAGAUAGGAAUUCUUUUAAUUUGGAUAGUUUCAACUUUACUUUCAUUAAGACUGGUGAUAUCGUCAAGAAUCCAUUAUGGCGAGGACGGAACUCCUAACUGUAUGUAUUUCGCGCAGAGCACGAAAGAACUUUUCACCUCUGCGUCAUGUUUCAUUGGAUCGUUUGUUCUCAUAGCUGUUCUAUACUCCAUAAUAGCCUAUCGCCUUUGGAUGCGCAAACGUGCCGGUGAGUGUUCCAACACUCAGCAAGACUUGGCCAGACGCACAGCACGAAGGGUCACACUUCUAAUGAUUUUAGUCGUACUGCUGUUUGCAGCCUCGUGGACGCCGGCUUUUGUGACUCUUAGCUUAGCUAUGUUUCAUCCAAGCUCCGUUGAAAUCUUCAUGCAAUACCCAUUUUUGAUUGCAUUCACUUACUGGUUGAUACUUACCAGUAGCGCUUGCAAUCCAUGCUUGUAUUUUAUAUUCAUUGAAAGUUUCCGGUCAAAUCUGAAAGCUGUCUUUUAUAAAUGCUGUCCUACUCGACUAAGGGUUUGUCAUGUUGGAGCCGCGAAAAGACAAAGUCUGGCUGUAGAAACGAGGGAGCAGAUGAGAAGGCAACCAAUAAUAGACCUGACGGCGUAUUCGACUGCAAGCGAUACGAACACUGAAUUGCUGUAG